AUGUGCCCGAGCGAGGCAGCCACCGAGCUCUUGGUGCCGGGCGGCGCCGCGGGCGAGACGGCGUCCCACUCCGGAGGCGAGGCGGCCGACCACCUCAGCGCCCUCCCGGACGACCUGCUGCACCGCAUCCUGUCGUACCUGAGGGCGUGGGAGGUGGUGCGCACCUGCGUGCUCGCGCGGCGGUGGCGCCACCUCUGGGCGUCCGCGACCUGCCUCGACCUGCGCACGCGCUACUCCACCCGCGACUUCGCGCCAGACGACCUCCGCGGCUUCGUUUCCCGCCUCUUCCUCUCCCGCAACGCGUCGGUGCCCGUGGACACGCUCCGCCUGCAGUCGAGCGAGAUGAUUGGGGCCUUCUCUGACGACGACAGUUCACGCUGGAUCAGUGUUUCCAUGGAGCACAGUGCGCGGGUCAUUCAUGUUGUCGGACAUCGCAGAUUCCCUGCGCUGUUGAAGGGCGUCUCCUUCGUCUCCUCCCACCUCAAGAUCUUGAAGCUGUCCUAUGCCAGGCUUGACCACAGGAUCCUUGGGCAGCUCUCUUCUAGUUGCACAUGUUUGGAGGAACUCCAUCUUAAGGAUUGCUUGGUCACGGGUGAUGAGAUUGUCUCUGCAUCCUUGAGGACUUUAGUCAUGCUCAAAUGCAAGAUCGACACGGACUUCUCGGUUGCUGCUCCCAACCUCGUACAGCUGCGCCUCAUCACGCCUUACGGCCGAGUUCCACUACUAAAGCACCUAGGGUCACUGGUCACUGGAACUAUCAUAGUCGACGACUAUUUCUUGAGUGAUGACAUCAGUGAGGAUGAUGCUUAUGAUGAUACCACUGAUGAUGAUGAUGAUGAACACGUUACUGAUCAAGAGGAUUGUGAUGAAACUACCGAUGAUGAUGAUGGUGAUGGUCCUGAACACAUCGUUGAUCAAGAGGAUUCUGAUCAGACUGCUGAUAACCGUGAUAAUAGCAAUCAUGGUUCUGAACACAUCACUAGUGAAGAGGAUAGCGAUGAACCCACUGAUGAUGAUAAUACCAGUUGUGGUUCUGGAAACAUCAAUGGUAAAGAGGAUUGUGAUGAAACUUGGACCAGUGAUGAUGAUGAUGAUAAUACCAGUGGUGGUUCUGAAAACAUCAAUGAUAAAGUGGACUAUGAUGAAACCGCUGAUGAUGAUGGUUGCAAUUGUGGUUAUAAACACAUCAUUGAUCAAGAGGAUUGUGAUGAAACCAGUUAUGAUGAUAAGCAUGAUUCCAAUCGUCCUUUUGAACUCAUCAGUGAUCAAGAGGGUUGCGAUGAAACUACUGAUGAUGAAGGCGAUGGUAACGAAAUUACUGCUAACAGAGAUACCUAUAAGAUUGGUGAUGAUUUUGGAUACAUCAGUGAAGAUGAUAGUUUUGAAGAAAACACUGAUGAGGAAGAUGGUUCGGAUAACAGUAAUGAUUCUAACAUUGGAUAUCGGUGUGGUGGUCAGAAGGACAAUGGCCAUGAUAGUGAUAUGGACAGUGAUGACAAUACCUAUGAGUACAGUGAGAUCGCAAAAGAGGAAAAGCACAUUUACCAUGCUGACAGUCAGAGUUAUAGUAAAGAUACCAACUAUCAUAGCUAUGAAAAUACUGAAAUCAGUGAUAGUGAAUGUUUGGGUGGUCACAACAUUCUUCGGAGUCUUUCAAAUGUUACAAGUUUGGGAUUGUUAACUGAUGCUGGAGAGGUGGUUCUGAGUAGGGAAUUGAAAAGGUGUCCAACUUUUAGCAACCUGAGGACCCUGUCCCUUGGUGAAUGGUGCAUGGCUUCUGAUUUCGAUGCAGUAAUUUUCCUUCUGCAGCAUUCACCUAAUAUAGAGAGGCUUUUUCUCCAACUUAAAUUGAACUUCGACAUAAGGAGCAGAAAGGCCUUGCAAACAGAUAUCAAGCUACAGGGAAGAUCAUUUACUUGCAAAGACCUUCAGAUCGUGAAGAUCAAAUGCUCAAAGGAUGAUGUGAGAGUCCAUAAGUUGGCAAACUUGUUCGUUGCAAAUGGUAUACCCCUCAAGAAGAUUUUGGUCCGUCGGAGUGGGAGUGCUUAUCUCCGUGCCCAGGAGCUGACAGAGGAAGCCUUGCACGAACUGAUGUUGUUCGGGCCAAAAUGGACUAACACGAAGUUUGUCAAAUUCUUGGAAAGAUCUACCCUGGUGACUGAGAUUAGGCUUUGACAUUGAUCUCUUCCUGG